GCCCCCGUCCGCCGCAUUGUCCCGGGCCCCGCGCCCUGGCCCUGAGCUGCGCCGCCGCAGCGCCUGCCUGCCGCCCGCCGCCCGCGGGGCCAUGCGGAGAGCCGCCGGGAUGGAGGACUUCUCCACAGAGGAAGAGGAGCCCUGGUACGACCAGCAGGACCUGGAACAGGACUUGCACUUGGCCGCAGAGCUGGGGAAGACGCUGCUGGAGAGGAACAAGGAGCUGGAGGAGUCUCUGCAGCAGAUGUAUUCCACCAAUGAGGAGCAAGUGCAGGAGAUCGAGUACUUAACCAAGCAGCUGGACACGCUACGGCACAUGAAUGAGCAGCAUGCCAAAGUAUACGAGCAGCUGGACCUGACAGCCCGAGACCUGGAGCUGACCAACCAGAAGCUGGUGCUGGAGAGUAAGGCUGCCCAGCAGAAGAUCCAUGGGCUGACGGAGACCAUCGAGCGCCUGCAGGCGCAGGUGGAGGAGCUGCAGGCCCAGGUGGAGCAGCUGCGGGGCCUGGAGCAGCUGCGCGUGCGCCGUGAGAAGCGGGAGCGCCGGCGCACCAUCCACACCUUCCCCUGCCUGAAGGAGCUGUGCACCAGCCCCCGGUGUGAGGAUGCCUUCCGCCUGCACAGUUCCUCCUUGGAGCUGGGCCCGCGGCCCUUGGAGCAGGAGAACGAGCGGCUGCAGACCUUGGUGGGUGUGCUGCGUUCCCAGGUGAGCCAGGAGCGGCAGCGCAAGGAGCGGGCGGAGCGCGAGUACGCGGCCGUGCUGCAGGAGUACUCGGAGCUGGAGCGGCAGCUGUGCGACAUGGAGGGCUGCCGCCUCCGCGUGCAGGAGCUGGAGGCCGAGCUGCUGGAGCUGCAGCAGAUGAAGCAGGCCAAGACCUACCUGCUGGGCCGGGAGGACCACCUGGCCGAGGCCCUGCUGGCGCCCCUCACCCAGGCCCCCGAGGCCGAUGACCCCCAGCCCGGCAGCGGGGUCGACUCGGCUGCCCAGGACGGCGUCUCCUCGCCGGCCGCCUCCCCGGGCCACGCCGUACGCAAGAGCUGCAGCGACACUGCGCUCAACGCCAUCGUGGCCAAAGACCCAGCCAGCCGGCAUGCGGGCAACCUCACGCUGCACGCCAACAGCGUGCGCAAGCGGGGCAUGUCCAUCCUGCGGGAAGUGGACGAGCAGUACCACGCACUGCUCGAGAAGUACGAGGAGCUGCUGAGCAAAUGCCGGCAGCACGGCGCUGGGGUGCGGCAUGCUGGCGUGCAGACCUCGCGGCCCAUCUCCCGAGACAGCUCGUGGAGAGACCUCCGUGGGGGCGAGGAGGGCCAGGGGGAGGCCAAGGCAGGUGAGAAGAGCCUGAGCCAGCACGUAGAGGCUGUGGACAAGCGGCUGGAGCAGAGCCAGCCGGAGUACAAGGCGCUUUUCAAGGAGAUCUUUUCCAGGAUCCAGAAGACCAAGGCUGACAUCAAUGCCACCAAAGUCAAGACGCACAGCAGCAAGUAACCCUUUCCCCGCCUGCAGCCUCCCCCAGGGUCCGGCCAUGGGGCCCCUCCUGCCUAGGCCAUGCAGCCUCUGGUGAGGGAGGGAGCCCAUCAGCAGCAAUACGGCCCAGGGGAGGCUGCUGUCUGGCCCAGGGAGUGUGUGGGGGAUGCAGCUGUUCUCUGCUCACUCGGGAGGUGGCCAACACCUAACACAUCUUGCCUCCCAGGACCCUCCACCAUCCUGCGUCAGCCCGAAGACGCAGCUAAGAGUUGCAAAGCCAAACGUCCCCCCUCCCCCAGGGAUUCCCAGCUCCCCAGCGCUUGGCUUCCUGACCCUGGGCCUUGUUCACAGAUUUGUGGCCAGGCUUCUGAAAGCCAUUCUGGACCAUUUGGCCUUUUUUUGUUUUUUUCCCAAAGUUCUUUUUUUUUUUUUUUUAGAGAUUUGCAAUGCAAGGUCUCCCUGACCCCUUCCCACAACUGGAAACACUUGAAGGGGGAUCCCAGAGCCAGCUGUUGCAGGUUCCAAGGGUCUCCUGGGCCACCCACUGCUUCUCCCCAGUUGCAACACGCUGUCAUUCCCUUAGCACCAGCUGCCCCACCCCCUGGGUCCUGACCAGGUCAGAGACAGCCCCUGCCAUGCAGAGCAGAAUGCCGCAGACAGGCCUGGAAUGCCCCCCACUUCUCCCUGGAGACCCUCAGCCCACUGCAGAUCUGUAGCCAAUCAGAGGAGGGGAACAGGGAGCCCCUCGGCAGCCAUACGUGAACAGUGCGCCCUGCAUCCCUCAGAGCCAGCCUCCCCAGGCUCCAGCCCUGGAAAUGCCUUCUGGCCAGUAAGCCUUCCAGCAGCCUGGGCGGUGGGGAGGCCCCAUCUCUGCACGCCACCUCUGACUCACCAAGCUUGGCCUCUGCCUGCCCCCAUCUCAGGGACCAUGACGUGUCUCAUUCACUCCCAUGCUCUCCACAGGCCGACCCCUCCUCAGAUCAUGCCUGCUGCCCCCAGAAAGUCCCAGGUGUGUGCCACCAGCCAGUGGUCCCAGCAUCCACCCCUGCCCCCUACACUGGGGACUGCCCAAGAUUCCUACCCUAUACUGAACAGUAUUGAAAUGUGACCUGGUGGGGAGCAUAUCUCCUCUCUCCCACAGAAUGCCUGUUCUUAACCUCCCACCUUUGUGGGGGCUUUUGAGGACCCACCUGGGUCACAGGUUAAACCUUUGUUUAAGGCUUCAGAAAGUCCAGCUUCAGCUAAGAGACGUCCAGGUCCCCAGCUUGCCCUGAGCAGUUCUUCAGAGUUUCCAGUUCCUUCUACCACCCAUCCUGAGAUCCUAGAAAUGGGAGGAGCCACACAGCCUGGUGGAAGGGGCGGUGGAAGGGGGCAGCCCCGGCCUCUGUGCUGGGAACCCAGCAGGGACCUUCAUGCCUUAUCUGUUUCUAAGGGGUAAAGGGGUUUUCUUAACAAGCAUGCCCGACCUCCCUGGAGGCGCUACCCUGCUCUCUGGGCGGCACUGUGAUGAGCGCUGUCCGCUGGUCUUUCCGUUCACACAUCUUGGAACCCUUUGUCCUUUGGAGCUGGGCAGCUCCCAGCUCUCCGUGUGUCUCUGUCAUCUAGGGUGGAGGGGAUAGGGUGGGGGAAGGGCUCCUGCCUGUUUGCUCCCCAGUUCUGUAGCGGCCGACCAGCGUCACCUUUGAAGUAUACAUGAGAGAAAUAUAUUUACAAAUGCUUUAUUCUCUUCUUUAAUAAAAAAUGCAUCAGUAUUCUAAAAUCA